GUAAAAAAAGGAAAGAGGAACUUUUGUCUUUCAAACUAAUUAAGGUCACAAUCUGUGUGAAGGCCUCGUUUGAUUGGCUGAUUUAGAGUUUGUGAACCAGGUCAGGGAGUGUGUCACAGUGCAGGGUGGAGGGUUACAGAGUAGUACGACUCCACACUCAGGAGACUGCAGGAGAAACGGUGAAGAGCUGCAUCAUUUGGAGCUUUUAUUUUGAAAAAAGGGGUAUUUUUUGAUGCAAUGGGGCUUGACUUAAGAUGGGCUGAAAUGGGUAUGUAUGUGGAUGCAUUUCUGCUCAAAUUUCGACUCCCAGAUGCAAAGUUUCUUUUCUUUUCUUUAGUUCUCAGCAUGCCGACGUCCAACCAGGGCUGGCCGGAGGAUUUUGGCUUCCAGCUGGGGGGCUCCGGACCCAGCUACAUCCUGUCUGUGGAGGAGGGCAGCAGCGCUCACCUGGCGGGGCUGCAAGCCGGAGAUCAGGUUCUGGAGAUCGAGGGUCAAAAUGUGUCGACGCUGGCUCCACAGGCGGUCAUCGCCAUCGCCCAGACCCAGAAGAACAUCCCACCGAGUAUUGGGGUGGUGUCCCGCGUACAGCAGAUGGACAUCACUCCCGGUCCGGAUGGUCGGUAUGGAUUCACCAUAGUAGGAGACUGCCCUCUGCUGGUGGAGGACUGCUCUCCGUGUUCCCCAGCCGGCCGCGCAGGUCUGAGAGCGGGAGAUUAUGUCAUGGAGGUGAACGGCAUCCCCGUGAGGCAGCACGAGAUGGCAGCAUCGCUCAUCAAGGCCUCCCAGGGCCGGACGCUGCGCCUGGGGGUUCUGUGUCUCGGCCCGAGGCAGAAACGGAGCACCAGCGUGGAGGAAAGCCUGACGACGGGGGAGGGGGCGAGGCAGGACCGCAAGCACAAAGCUCUGGAGUUCAACAGGAAGGUGGACCAGAUUCUGUCCGGCGAGCCUGAAGUGAAGGAGCAGCUGUUCGGCGUUCUCAAGCAGUUUGCGGCAGAGAAGCGGGUGGAGUGGCUGGCCUCGGUGCUGCCGGACAUCCUGACCACCGAUGAACACCGGCAGCUCUUCUCCAGCAUCAGAAUCUUCAUCCCCAAGAAGCACCGGCAGCGCUUCGACGACGCCGUGUCCCAGAACGUGAUCAACCGGCUGUGCCGCAGCAAGAGCAUCAGCGAGCCGCAGGGCCGGCUCCGCCGCAGCCGCAGCGAGGACCACUCCGAGCGCCGCCACGGGUCCAAGCGGGCCAGCUCCGUGCCCAGGGAUGGAGGGGAGCCCGGGGGGCGGGGCGAGGCGGAGAAGGACAGGGGGCCGAGGAAGUCCGUCUCCGGGAUGCCAGCACACCCCCCCUUAGGGCCCAAUCAGAGGGUCAUCCGCGUCUACCGUGGGAAGAAGAGCUUCGGCUUCACGCUGCGAGGCCACGCCCCCGUCUGCAUCGACGCCGUCAUCCCAGACAGUCCAGCGGAGGAGUGUGGGCUGAAGUCAGGCGACCGCAUCCUCUUCCUGAACGGGCUGGACAUGAGGAGCUGCUCCCAUGAGAAGGUGGUGUCCAUGCUGCAGGGCAGCGGCGCCAUGCCCACCCUGGUGGUGGAGGAGGGGCCGGCGGACUUCUCCUCAGAGCAAACGGAGCCGGACGAGCCCCCGAGUCUGGCCCCCACCACUCUGCCUCGCUCUCGGUCUCCGGCUCUCAGCUCGCUCCAGUGGGUGGCGGAGAUCCUCCCUCCGAGCAUCAAAGUCCACGGCCGGACCUUCAGCCAGCAGCUGGAGCAUCUGCUCACCAUCCAGGAGAGAUACACCGUCUGCAAAGCUCUGGAGACCUUCUUCCAGCACCGGAACGUGGACACCCUGAUAGUCGACGUGUUUCCGGUUCUGGACACUCCGGCCAAACAGCUGAUCUGGCAGUUCAUCUACCAGCUGCUGACCUACGACGAGCAGGAGCGCUGCCAGAGCAAGCUGUCGCGCUUCCUGGGCUUCAAGAGCAGCGCCGUGCUGGAGCCGGACGGAGCGUCGGAGCAUCACCGGCGCAGCAGCUCGGUGCGCGUGACCGGGUCGUCGUACCGCAGCAGCAUCCGGGAGCGCAGCUCCGACGACUGCAUCAUCGGGACGCACCUGGGGAUGGGAAUUCAUUUGGAUGAAUGUGGGAGCCCGGAGGAGAGGCAGUCAGGAGAUGGAACCUCCUUCCCCGAGUCCCCUGACCUCAGUCAUAUGACAGGCGUGUACACGGAGCUGGAGAGCAUGUUCGCAGGGAAGGGCGCGUCUCCGCUGCGGGGCGGGGGCUCCCCCGCCGAGCCCGAGGCGCCGGGGCAGACCGAGGCCUUCGGCCGCGCUCUCUCCCCCCUCACACUGCCCCCCCUCACAGGGAACCGGAAGUCCGGCCUGACGCUGUCCUGGAAGGAGCCUCUUCCCACCCCCGUGUACCAGAUCCACCACCAGAGCAGCGUGGACUCCAACCCCUACGUCAGCCUGGAGAGCCCCCCCGCCUCGCCUCAGCUGUCAGACGGCGGCCCGAACUCCCGCCGCAGGAAGCUCUUCACCUUCUCCCGCCCGCCGCGCAGCCGGGACACCGACAAGUUCCUGGACGCCCUGAGCGAGCAGCUGGGUCACCGGGUCACUCUGGUGGACGACUUCGUACCCGGCGAGAAUGACUACGAGGAGAUACGUCAAGAUGGUUGUCAUGGUUUGAGGAGAAGAGGUGAACCUAUGAGUUUCCCAGAGGAUCAGGAUGGGGGCUUCAUGUCCCGGCGGCUCAGCAGCGACAGCGGCGAGGACCACAGCAGCAGCGAUGAAGCCUCGUCUCCCACCUACUCUUCCGGUUCGGAACCGAUCCCCCCUCCACCCAACCAGAGCCCUCCGCCUCCCCCGCCCUUCCAGGCCCUUCUCCCCCCUCGCCCCCGCUGCCCAAGCCGGGCCACCCCACCUCAGACGCCAACCACAUGAGUGUGAAGAGGCUGCGCUGGGAGCAGGUGGAGAACUCUGAGGGAACCAUCUGGGGUCAGCUCGGAGAGGAAUCGGACUACGACAAGCUGAGCGACAUGGUGAAGUACCUGGACCUGGACCUGCACUUUGGGACUCAGCGUAGAUCCAAGCCAGCCUUCCUACCGGAGAACUUUAAAAAGAAAGACGUGGUGGAGAUUCUGUCCCAUAAGAAGGCCUACAACGCCUCCAUCCUCAUCGCCCACCUGAAGCUGUCCCCCUCCGAGCUGCGCGACGUGCUGAUGAACAUGAACACGGACCGGCUGGAGCCGGCUCACAUCAAGCAGAUGCUGCUCUACGCGCCCGACCAAGACGAGGUCAAGCAGUACGAGCAGUUCGACGAAGACCCCAACAAGCUGAGCGAGCCGGACCAGUUCAUCUUCCAGAUGCUGAUGGUGCCCGAGUACAAGACUCGCCUGCGGAGUCUGCACUUUAAGACGACUCUGCAGGAGAAGACGGAGGAGAUGAAGGUGGCCUUUGAUUACAUCUACAGAGCUUCAGUGGAGCUCAGGAGCAGCAAGAAGCUGGCUAAAAUCCUGGAGUUUGUUCUCGCCAUGGGGAACUAUCUGAACAACGGGCAGCCGAAGAGCCACAGAACCACCAGUUUUAAGAUCAACUUCCUCACUGAGUUGAGCACGACCAAGACGGUGGACGGGAAGUCCACGUUUCUCCACAUUUUGGCCAAAUCUUUGUGCCAACACUUUCCUGAGCUGCUGAACUUUCCCAGAGACCUCACGACCGUUCCUCUGGCCGCUAAAGUGAACCAGAGAGUCAUCACAUCCGAGCUGAGCGACCUCCACUCCACCAUCCAGGACAUCAGGACGGCCUGUCAGAAGAUCCCCGCCACCCCCGAGGACCACUUCACGUCUGUGAUGAGCAGUUUCCUGGAGAACAGCCAUCCUGCCAUCCAGUCUCUGGAGUCCCUGCAGAACCGAGCCAUGGAGGAGUUCUCCAAAGUGGCCUCUUACUUCGGAGAAGACAGCAAGUCCACCAGCACAGAGUCGUUUUUUGGCAUCUUUGCAGAGUUCAUGACCAAGUUUGAGAGAGCGCUCAGCGAGACUCAGUCUCCAGAAAACCCCCGGAGCCCCAGACUGUCGUCCCCUCUGGCCUGGUAGGAAACCGGAGACAUUCGCUCUGCUCUCCACAACCAAAGUGCCAAAUCACACCCAGAGACUCGACAGGAACAGAGACGCCGUCGUCCAGAGAAACUCGCCGCGUCACACCACAGCAGAGCUGCAGGUGCUGCUCGGGCAGAGAUGUGUUUCUACAAUCUGGACGUCAGACCAUCAUGAAAGACUCCCACAUCAGAGGGAGGCUUAGGUACCACCACAGAUGUUUAUUAUAGAACAUUAAAGUUUAUAUUUUCUAUCAGAUCCUAUUUAAGAACUGUAAAAAAGAGGAAUUCACAAGCAGCUAAAUGAUGCAUUCACUGCCUCCCACAGAGCAGGAUUUAUGAGUUUUGGUAUUUACUGUGGACCGGUGAGGACAUGAAGGAAGAGAAGGAGUUUAACCCACUUCUGGUUCGACUCUGCUGAUUAAAGCUUCAAAGUUUGAAAACCAAACAUGAUCUUUUUGAGGAUAAAAACACAAAAAUUCUACAUAAAAACAAUAUUUAUGUCCGUAAGAACCACAUUGUUUUUACAAUGUUUUGAUCUUUCUGCACCUUUGAGUUAAAAUUUGGCCCUUUAUCACCCAAGGAAAUCAGUUUUGGACAUUGUUCAUGCCCCUCCCCCAUAACGAUGACAUCACAAUGGAAGAAACCAUUAAAAAAAAAAAAGAAAUUCAUUCAAAAUCCAUCCAAAAAUUCAAAAUCUGCUUAUAAAACCAAAACAAACGUUUCUGGUAUUUCCAAAGGAAGUUUUGAAAUUAUUAUGGGAUGGCCACAGAACCUACGGCUUGGCGGCCAUUUUGUAGCAAACAGAAAUUUGGUCAUUUUCACAAUUUUUGCACGACAACAAACUUUUAUUUGAGAGAUUUUCAUACAUUUUUGCGCCACUAGGUUAAGUCUGAGUCAAAAUAAACACAUUUUAAUUCUAGAUAUUGAUUAGCAUUAGCGUGGCGAGCUAGCAAAAGUGGCAUCUUCCCCUUUUUUCAAAUUUCUUUACCAAAAUAUUGUGAUAAUUAAAUACAUGAAUCAGUAACUCAAGCUGAACAAAAUUAUGUGUCAGUCAAUAUAAAUACUUUAGAAAUGUGGGCGUGGUUAACAAAAACAGCCGUUGCUAAGGAAAUUUCAAAAAUUACUUUCACUGAUUCUUCUAAAAAUUACAUACAUCUGUUCGUUACCUCCAGUCGACCAAAAAAUAAAAUGGUUGCUAUGGAGACAAAACUAACAGAAAAGCGGACAUUUUGAAAUUUCAAACUUUAGUUUGAGAAAUUUUUAUACUAUUUCUCACCACUAGGUUAAGUCUAAAAUCACAACCGAGGUUUUGUUGACCUAAAUUAGAGGCGCCAUCUUGAAUUUUAAAGAAGAAUCUCUUUUAGUACCUUUUACAAAUUCAAAUACCUCCUAAGGAUUUGGAUCCAUCUCCUCAAGCAUUAUCAGGAAGCUCCUCUGGAAAAAAUGUGGUUUUAGAAUUUGUAGAUUUUGAUUAGCAUCGUGAUAAUUGAAUACAUGAAUCGUUAGCUCAAGCUGAACAAAAUGAUAUGUCAGUUGAUAUGAGCAUAUCAGGAAUGAGGGCGUGGCUAACAAGAACCUCCGUUGCUAAGGAAAUUCCAAAAAUUACUUUAACCGAUUCUUCUAAAAACGACAUAGACCUGUUCAUUACCUCCAGGCGAUCAAAAAAUAAAAUGGUUGCUAUGGAGAUAAAACUAACGGAGAAGCGGCCAUUUUCAGAUUUGGUGAUUUUAACGUUUUCCCACAAUAUAGGAAAAGAAACUUUUAGUCCAGCGAUUAUAAUGAAAUUUCAUACACAUCACGCCAGCUUAAGUCUACAACCACCACUGGAGUUUCGUCAACCUUUGACCUUGAGAGAAGGGCCGCCAUCUUGAAUCAUUAAAAAAACAAAAAAACAGCAUUCUUCCUAAGGAUUUUUGUCGAUUGUUUGCUAACUUCUCGGUCGUCGUUGGUAAGCUAUUUAGGAUAAAUGUUGCAAUUAGAAGAGUAGAUUUAGAAAAAAACAUUUUUUUUUCAUGAAUUUUACACAUGCAAAUCUGACCAGCCGCUCAGUCAGUGAGGGUGGGCCAAGACAUAAAACUAAAAGAAUUAUUUUGGAUAUUUUUAGGAGGUCAUUUUUGUGAAAAUUUACCCUUUGAUGCAAUAAAUCCUGUUAUUAAAUCCGUUAAAUAUUCAAUAAACUUAAAAGGUUGUUAAAAUGUCAGUUUAAAAUGACUUUUUUUAGUUAAAGGAUGUUCUGAAUGAUAAAAAUCAAUAUAUUUAACAUGAUUAUGUCAGUGUUGUGGGUGUAAAACCCACACAUGCAAAGGAAAAAUGGAAAAUUGAUUUAAAGAUAGAAGCACAAAAGUUGCUAAUCAUGUUUGUCAGAUGAAGAUAUGAAGAACAUUCUCUGGUUGCUAUGGAUUCGUUUCUUCAGAUUAUGAUGAAAGUGGAACCAGAAGCCGUUUUCCUUUGUUGUGAUGAAUGAAUUUCACAAGAACAGAAGUAGAUUACGAGUUAUAAAUCCUAAAAUAAUUGAGGUUACUGCUCGGUUUUGACGCCCGGAUGUUCGCUGACCGUGUCGUCAUUCACCGUUUCACCUGAAAUCCAUCAAAUCCAGGCUCUCCUGUCUCCCAACACUUCAACAAAAGGUCACCUCUGGCGGUGGCGUCGGCACGAGUCGUUUCAGGUCGUAGUGUGGGCGGUUCGGCGAGUGUCAACAACAAUGAAUGUCCUCAUUUCUGCCGUUUGUGGAGCGUUUUUCAACCACAGCCGCCCAUAAAUAAAAACGUGGGAGAAAAAACAAACAAAAAAAUAAACAUCCUGCUGUCAGUUACUGCAUUCUGCUUCUGUGGUUGUCAUGGUGACAUCAUGACUCAUCUACAGUGCUCUAGUGUUGUAUCUAUGACGAUGAACUACUGUUUAAGGUGUAAAUUUAGUCUUUUCUAUGCACCGUUCAUCACGUUCAUUGGAUCCGGGUCACUAUUAUUUCUUUUCCUGCUCAUCUCGGCUUUAGCCGGGCUAACGAGGCGCAAACGCAGCUGCUCCAGGUGUCGUGGUCGUGUUUCGUGUCCCAGUCCAAGCAUGACGGUGCGGUUCGUGUUCACGUGUGCAGCUGGUAGCGUUUCCAUUUCAUUUGACUUUUUUGUUGAAAUUUUAUAUGUUUGCUCUUGUUUUGUGCUCUCUAGACUUUCCAAUAAAGAAAUGUUUUUAAUCAAAA